UGCACGCGUGCCUAUGUAUGCGCGCGUGCGUGCGCGCGCGCGUGUGAUGCUUUCCGUGCGUCGGAAACCGGUGGUCGUAUAAAUAAACGACGAGGCUGUGCGAGCGAUCAGCAUUCACGGGAUCCUCGUCACGGUCUCGGUCGGUCGGAGCAGGUCGGAGACGACACUUGGAGUAGUUCGAUACACAGACGGCUGCUGCGGCGUUGUGUUGUGUUUCCUCCCUCGCGUCGCCCCUCCGCCCCUUCGGUGUCCUUCAACCGAGGAUGUCAUCGCCUACACAAGUGAUAAAAAGCAUUUGGCCGAAAUUGGUGCCGUUCUUCAAAAGCGUGUGUGUGUAUUUUGUAUUGCUCCCCGAGCAACCAUCUCUGCUGACAGCGUGUUUUAAAUGUUUACCAAUAAUAAGUCUUAUCAUUUUCGUUUUGUUCAACGGGAUUAGUUUGUCUAAAUAUGCCUUCUCUAGAACCAUAUUAACAGGAUUAGUGUUUAGUUGCAUAGGUGACGCACUAUUAGUGUGGCCUAAUUGCUUCACCGCGGGAAUGUGUAUGUUUGCCGUUGCGCAAAUUAUGUAUAUAUUAGCAUUUGGAUUCAAACCCCUUAAUUUAACACUCGGGGCAUUAUUGUACAUGUCUUGUGCAAUUGUUAUAUAUAUUUUGAUGGCUGGAUUGGACGGGGUUUUAGUAAUAGGAGUGCCAAUUUAUACAAUAUUAGUUACCACAAUGGCAUGGAGGGCCAUAGCAAGAGUACAAUUCUUCGAGGAGUUAUGGACAUGGACUAAAUUGUGUAGUUGCAUCGGAGGCAUUUGCUUCCUCAUAUCUGAUACUUUGCUCGGGUUUCAUAAUUUCCACAAUCCAUUACCUUAUGCUCAGGUGUCCAUUAUGUUGACAUACUACGCAGCACAGUUAGGAAUAACACUUAGCACAGUAGAUUCGAAAAACAACAGUAAUAACAGAGUACCUGCCAGUAAAGGCUGAAAUAUUUAUCCCUAAUUAUCUAGAAGAUAAACUCUGCAGAUACAAAAGCGGAUAUAAAAGGAAUUUUUUUAUACGUCUGCUUUAAACUAUGUGCAUAAUUAUUCCAGUAGGAAAAUAUUGUGAUAAUCAUCUCUGACCUGUUGAAUAUUUUAAAGUCAUAUUAUUGAAUGAGGAGACUCACAGGAGAGUUUAAAUGAUGUCCGUACCUUUCCUAAUUGUAGAAAUACUUAUAUAUUUUUUUUAAUAUUAUAAUGAUGGAAUACAAAGAAGUCUCCUGUAGAGAUUUCGUACUAGCCACAUUUGUGGUUUCUUAUUUUUUUGUAUAAGAAAAGAUUAGAAAAUAUUAUUAAGAAUAAGUAUAACGAAAAAAUGUUUGUAUUCUUAGAAUAAUAAUUUCUUAACGGAAACUUUGUUAUUUUUAUCAAAGAAAAACAAUUGCGUUGUAAUGUUGUAAUGUGUCUUUGAAGACAGAAAUUUUUUAAAGAAGUUAUAUUACAUUGUUAGCAUUAAGCGUUUCCGACGCAUAAAAAUACAUUUAACAAAUUAUACAAAAUUGAUUAUUUUUCAUAUAUAUUUAGGCCAAAAUGCAAUAGUUUAUUUGCGAUAUAUCGCAAAUGAAUAUAUUGAAUAUUACUCUUGUAAAAGUUAUCGUUGUGUAUAUAUAGUAUAUACAUAUAUGUUAAAUAACAUCUACGAUCUAUACUUAUUGUCAAUGUUAUCAUCCUUCAAUGUAAAUUAUCAUCUUACAAUGAAGAAUUGCAAUAUAGCUAAAUUGUAUUAUAGAAAUAUAUCAAUCUAUAUUAUAUGUUACUAUGUAUAUCAUGUUACACAUGAUACGUUGUAUCUUUGUUAUAACGUGAAUCGUUAACACACUGCCAUUUUCUUUGGCAAAAUAAAAACUAAAUAAUUAGUUUACAACAGGUUUAGCUGGAUGUCUAAUUAAAUCAAAUUUGUUAAUAUUUUCAUAGUGAAAAUAUAAUAUUUAUAAAAAAAUAUAUAGAUAUAAAAGAUAAACAUUUUUAUCAAUUAAAUUUUCAAAUAGAACGUUUCUUGGUUUAAUUAAAUGUCCCAAUUAAAUAUCAUUUACUUUGUAUCUGGCUCCUGUUUUCUUAAGACUUCAUAUAAAAUUCUCUUUACCUUUUUUUACAAAGUAUUAUAAAAUUGAAGAUAUUAAACCACUUAUUGCAUUUUUGCAAUAAUGAUUAUUAUUUAAACUACUUAUACUCUGGCUGUGUUAUACAAAAGAAUUUUUAUUUUACUUUCUCUUUUUAUUAAAUAUGGUAUAGAAAUAUAGUAUAGAUAUAUCCUUUUUUACAGAAAUAGUAUAACAAAUGUAAUUAUGAUAUAAAUCUGAAGUAUUUUUUUCAAUAAGUUUUUGUGAAACUAUUUAGAAGAAAGAACACAAAUAUUAUAUGCAGCGUUUCGUUAAUAUACUGUAAGUGCAAUAUGUAUUAUGUAUUACGUAGUCUGUAUGUAUAUAAACAAAUAUAUC